CAAGGCCGCUAUGCGCGCAGCGCAGGCGACAGCGCAAGCAAGCGCCACAUUUCAAAACCCACUCGCUGAGUCGGACCAGCGAGCACACCCGCCAGGGGCCGCCAACCCUGCGCUUAGGGAUGCCAGCCAGACCGGUGUAAAGGCAGAGGGUAACGGAUCCCCCUCCGUAAUUGUCGCUGUCCUGGGCACUCGGGAUGAGGGCCCCCCCUCCGAGGCCUCGCCGUUGCAUCAUCCUCAGCUUCACCUUGGGGGUUUCCCGUCACCUCACACAAGGGUGGACAGUGGCUUGGACGACUUCAUGCCUAUGAGCAAUGACUUCGCAAUUCCAGAGGCUGCAUACCAGGACUUUAUCUCUUGGCCCGAGAUACACAUGGACCUUGACAGCUACCACUGUACCCCUCCACUCGGUAGGCCACGAGACAUGUCAAUACCUGGCGUUUCCGCCUUCAGCGGGAUCCCAUCUCCCCCGGAGGUUAUGGUGUCAUCUUCUAGGACUUCCAACACGCCAGGAACCGACAUGAUGUCCGUCGAUUACGAGACCGGCUUGAAGGCCUCGGACUUUGCGAUGGCGGCCCCGGUUGACAACCCAAUCCCCGAGUUCGAGGUGGUGCUCGUUGCCGAAGGGGCGUGGAACUUCGCGCGGUGCAACCCCCCCGCCUUUACCGGAAACUGCCCGCGUACGGCGAUUGUGCAUCUCGAGUGCCUGGAGCAAAAGUCGAAGCAGGAAGGGACAUGGGGCGCGCUGGAAAAGCACAUGGAACAGUUGGACUGGGAUGUGCCUGACUUGGCGUCGGUCGUACCUCUAAGUUCUCGAACACGAGACAAGAUGCUCGCCAUUACGCAGAGCUUUCUUCACAAGGCUCUGGAUAUCCAUCGUGGAGGCCAUGCUGGAUACUCGAAACAGGGAUAUUCCCGCGCCGGAGAUUGCAACUUCAUCGUUCUCCCGCCCUCCAAGAUCCUCGAGUACUUCUUGCGCAGCUAUGUCCGCAGCUUAUCGGUCUACUACCCGUUGGUGGCUGCGGGUUGCGUGGACCCGAAUGAGAUGUUGCAGAACAACCAGGCAUCGACGCUACUUGUGCUCCUCAUGAUCGCCCAGGGCGCAGCUACUAUGCCAAUCCCUGAGGCCCGCCAUCUCUCCGCGGGGCUAGCCGAGACCUGCCGCAUUUCGCUCUUCGACAUCGUUGAGAAGGACGUCGAACUCUCGGCUGACCCCACCGCACUUCGCUGUGCGCUACUGUUUAUCGUUCUCGGCUCCUGGAGCGGGGACAAGUGGCUCAUGGACAUUGCCAUGGGGCAACGGGGAAUGUACAUGUCGAUGCUCAAGCACGCUGGUAUGCUGGAACCGGAAACUCUGGCCAUGCCGGAGUUUGGGGAUGCCGUAAACAUCGAGUUCCAAUGGCGCUCCUGGGUUCAGCGUGAGACCCGGAACAGAUUGGUCUACAACUACGUUAUGCUUGACCAAGAGCUUGGUCUAUUUCACGAUACGGCCCCCCUGUUUGCCAUCACAGAACUCCAGUGCCCACUGCCCGCGCCCGAGGUGCUGUGGAUGUCGACCAACUCAGAUGAAUGGUUUACGGCAAUGCAGUCGCUGCAUGAUUGCACGGCCAAUGUUAACCCACAGCUUCUCAGCACUACGUCGGCUGCUCCAUCUCUCUACGAGCUCUUUCAGGAUUUCCUUCAAGACAACCUCUUGGGGCGGCAACCUGGUGUCUCUCCACAGCAACUGAGGUUGAUCUUACACCCGCUACAGGCCAUGAUCCAUCAUUUUCGCCAGAUGGUUUUAUGCUUUUCCACGGCAUUCGGUACACCACACGCCAACGGGUGCUCGGUAAACAGAGGCUCAAUGCUCCACCGGCUGGAUGAGAUGCAGGUCUUGCUGCAGCGGUGGUACGACAUUACCACGAGCCACAGCAAAGAGAACCCGGCCUGUCCCGUUACCCGGUGCAACUUAAUUCUUUACCAUCUCGUCUACCUCAACGCUAUCACCGACUUCCCCGAAAUUGAGCGUUUGGCUCGCCGUGAGGGGUUCGGUGGGCUGCACUGGGAGUUAUCAAUGCGCCACGCGAAGUGCAUUUUCCAGCGCCAAAAGGCCAUAAUCCACUGCGGGCAGGUUAUCCGGCUGUUGCGCACCAUGCCUAGGGACCGCCGACCAGUCUGGUGGUCAGCCGCCAUGUACCGAGCCAUGCUGAUCCUGUGGGCGGACAGCAUCUCAAGGGUCGAUCCCGAUAUCCAAGCCAAUAAGCAUGGCAAUAUCGGGGUGCAAGACUCUAGCCCAGUCAUGAUUGAUCAACUGACCCUCGAGGAUCCCGCCAUCAUCAACUACAUGUGGAGCGGUGAGGGUGUGCCCGUGUUGGUGCCUCCGAGAGGAGCUCCGGUUGCCGUGACCGACCCCACUGGCAUUCUGGGGUGUGCUGUCAGGAACAUUGAGACCUGCUACGGCUCGCGCAUCGGGGAUGGGAUCAAACGGAAGCUGAUUUCUCUGGGGGAUAACUGGAAUCUGAAUGUCUUGGGGGGGUCUCCUUGCUAGCGCCGAGAUGUCCAGAGCCACUGUUUUUCUCGGUUUCUGUUCUUUUCAAACGCCCAGGUCUACACGGCGGCUUAGUAUCAAGAGCGGGUGUUGGCGUUUGGGGUUGGUAGGGUUGAGUGGUACUGAUCACAACACUCCCCGCUCGGGUGGGCGCGAUAUCAUUUGCUUGAAGAUAAUAAUGGGGUUUGUCUUAAUACCAUAGUGGAUUUAGGUCCGAAACUACGAC